CAGUGGCACUGGUCCGCUGCGCCUGCGUCCGCCGCCUCCACAGCUCUCCAAAGCUGAGACGCGCCACCACCGCCGUCACUGUGGGCAUGCUAUACUUGCAGCAGUAGUAGGCUUCCGUCAGCCUGCUUUUAAGCAGAUCACAAAAGGAAAGGAAGAGAAAUAAGAGUAGAAGAGAGUGAAGUGACUCAUUUCAACCUCUGCCGUGCGUCGAGAAGCGUAGAUGAGUCAAUGGCCGGGGCACAGCCUGGAGUUCAUGCGCUGCAGCUCAAGCCAGUGUCCGUGCCCGAGAGCCUAAGAAAGGGCAACAAAUUUAUGAAAUGGGAUGAUGAUUCCACCACCGUGACCCCUGUGACUUUAACAGUUGACCCUAAAGGUUACUUCCUGUAUUGGACUGACCAGAACAAGGAUACAGACCUACUGGAUAUAGCAUACAUAAAAGAUGCCAGGAAUGGAAAGUGUACCAAAAUGCCAAAGGAAGCUAAACUGCGUGAGCUGCUGGACGUCAGCUCCCUGGCGGGUAAGAUGGAGAACAGGAUGCUGACAGUGGUGAGUGGUCCUGACAUGGUCAACAUCACCUACCUGAACUUCAUGGCUUUCCAGGAGGAGACAGCUAAGGAAUGGGCAGAAGAACUGUUCAAGCUGGCAUCUAACCUCAUGGUACAGAACAUGUCCAGGGAGGCCUGCCUUGAGAAAGCAUACACUCGGCUGAAGCUACAGCUCAACCCUGAGGGGCGAAUCCCUGUCAAGAACAUCUUCAGGGUGUUCUCAGCAGAUAGGAAGCGAGUGGAGACAGCCCUGGAAAACUGCAACCUACCUUCUGGCAGGAAUGACUCCAUCCCACAGGAGGACUUCACUCCAGAGGUGUAUAACAUGUUUCUGAGCAACAUCUGCCCCCGGCCCGAGCUGGACCACAUCUUCUCUGAUGUUGGUGCUAAGAGUCGCCCAUACCUCACGGUGGAACAGAUGACAGAGUUCAUUAACAGUAAACAGCGAGACCCUCGUCUCAACGAGAUUCUCUACCCUCCUCUCAAACCAGAACAAGUCCAGGUGCUGGUGGACAAAUAUGAACCCAAUGUUUUGCUGGCACAGAAAGGUCAUAUCUCGGUGGAAGGCUUUGCUAAAUAUCUGACUGGUGAGGAGAACAGCAUCAUCCCCCCUGAGAAGCUGGACCAGAGUGAAGACAUGACCUUACCCCUCUCCCACUAUUUCAUCAACUCCUCACACAACACAUACCUCACAGCCGGCCAGCUCGCAGGGAACUCCUCAGUGGAGAUGUACAAGCAGGUGCUCCUGAUAGGGUGCCGCUGCAUAGAACUGGACUGCUGGAAGGGUCGCACCACUGAAGAAGAGCCCGUCAUCACUCAUGGCUUCACCAUGACAACUGAAAUCUCCUUCAAGGAGGUGAUUGAGGCUAUCUCAGAGUGUGCCUUCAAGACUUCACCCUUCCCCAUCAUCCUGUCUUUUGAGAACCACGUAGACUCACCAAAGCAGCAGGCUAAAAUGGCAGAGUACUGUCGCUCAAUAUUUGGAGAUGCAUUACUGACAGAACCUCUGGAGAAAUAUCCUCUGGAGUCUGGUGUGCCACUACCCAGCCCGAUGGAGCUGAUGGGAAAAAUCUUGGUGAAGAACAAGAAGAAAUACCACAAGACAGAUGGAAGCACCAAGAAGAAACUGUCAGAGCAGGUUUCCAACACCUACAGCGAUUCUUCCAGCGUGUGUGAGCCCUCCUCCCCGAGCGCAGGUUCAACCAAAGAGGAGAUGGCAGAUUCCUCGCAGCCCACUGAGGGUGCUGAGCUCAGCCUGAGGCCACAUGGCAGAAAGUCUAUCGGUGAGGUAGAGGCAGAAAGCGAAGAUGAAGAUGAUGAUGAUGAUGACUGUAAAAAGGGCUCAAUGGAUGAGGGUACAGCAGGCAGUGAGGCAUUUGCCACUGAAGAAAUGUCCAACCUGGUCAUCUACAUCCAGCCAGUCAAAUUUAACAGCUUCGAGGCUUCCAAAAAGAUCAAUCGCAGCUACCAGAUGUCAUCCUUUGUAGAGACCAAAGCUUUGGAGCAGCUGACCAAAUCUCCUGUAGAGUUUGUGGAAUACAACAAGCUGCAGCUGAGCAGGAUCUACCCUAAAGGAACCCGAGUGGAUUCAUCCAACUACAACCCUCAGCUCUUCUGGAACGCCGGCUGUCAGCUUGUGGCGCUCAACUUCCAAACCAUUGAUCUGUCCAUGCAGCUGAACCUGGGCAUGUAUGAGUACAAUGGGAAAUGUGGCUACAGACUCAAACCAGAGUUUAUGAGACGGCCAGACAAGCACUUUGACCCUUUUACUGAGAGCACAGUGGAUGGGAUAGUAGCCAACACACUCUCUGUGAAGAUCAUCUCAGGCCAGUUCCUGUCUGAUAAGAAGGUAGGCACGUAUGUGGAGAUUGACAUGUUCGGCUUACCGGUGGACACCAAGAGAAAAGCGUUCAAGACCAAGACAUCUCAGGGCAAUGCCAUCAACCCUGUCUGGGAAGAAGAGGCCAUUGUCUUCAAGAAGGUUGUUCUACCCACACUUGCUUCAUUACGGAUAGCUGUGUUUGAAGAAGGAGGGAAGUUCAUUGGUCAUCGUAUUAUUCCUGUGUCAGCCAUCCGUCCAGGCUAUCAUUACAUCACACUAAGGAAUGAGAAGAACCAGUCCCUCACAUUGCCUGCUCUGUUUGUGUAUGUAGAAGUAAAGGACUAUGUCCCCGACACAUUUGCAGAUGUCAUUGAAGCCUUGUCCAAUCCCAUCCGCUAUGUCAACCUGAUGGAGCAGAGAGCCAAUCAGCUGGCUGCUCUCACUCUGGAGGAGGGAGGAGAGGAGGAGGGUGACAAAGAGGUAGAGGCAGGAAGUGAUGCCCCCUCAGAAUCUAAGGUGGACCAGAGGGUAACGUUGCCUGCAGAGAAUGGAGUGAGCCACACACCCAUCCUCGCCCAGAAACCCCCCUCGCUGGUUGGCCAGAACCAGUCUGCAGGCUCACUGAAACCCUCAAUGAAGACUGAAGACAUCAUUCACAGUGUUCUUACUGAACUGGAGGCUCAAACUGUGGAGGAACUGAAGCAACAGAAGGGCUUUGUUCGGGAGCAGAGGAAGCAGUACAAGGAAAUGAAGGAACUGGUUCGGAAACACCACCGCAAGACCAGCGAGCUGAUCAAGGAACACACAGCUCGUAUGUCGGAGCUCCAGAGCCAGCAUCAGCGUCGGCGCUCCACCCUGCAGAAGAGCCACAAACGAGACGGUAAGAAAAGCCGAUCCGAGCAAUCUCUGUCGACCCUGGACCAGGAGCUGUGUGAGCUGGAUCAGGAGAGCAGCCAGAGGCUCACAGAACUGAAGGAACAGCAGCAGCAACAGCUCCUCAAACUUCGCCAGGAACAAUACUACAGUGAAAAGUACCAAAAACGAGAACACAUCAAACAGCUGGUUGAGAAGCUGACCACUAUAGCAGAGGAAUGCCAGAGUGUUCAGCUUAAGAAGCUCAGAGACAUCUGUGAGAAAGAAAAGAAGGAUAUUAAGAAGAAAAUGGACAAGAAAAGGCAAGAGAAAAUCAGUGAAGUCAAAUCUAAAGACAAGAAUGUAACAGAGGAAGAGAAGCUAGAGAUCAACAGAUCAUUUGUCAAUGAGGUGGUGCAGUACAUCAAACGGCUGGAAGAUGCGCAGAGUAAAAGACAGGAGAGACUCCUGGAGAAGCACAAGGACAUCCGCCAGCAAAUCUUGGAUGAAAGGCCAAAGCUACAGAGCGACCUGGACCAGGAAUACCAAGACAAAUUUCGCCGGCUGCCCGUAGAGAUCCAAGAGUUUGUUCAAGACAGCAGCAAGGCCAAGCUUAGCGAUGACAGCGUCCACGGAAACCUCAUCGCCUCCCCGACAACAGAGAAGCUAAACUACAAGGCGUCACAGUCGGAGGAUGACAUAGAGGAGGGCUCAUCGGAGCAAGUCUACGACACUCCCCUUUAGAGGUUUCACACUGGGACACUGAUUGGUGGAUGUGUUUGUGACCACAGAUCUAGGAUGAGACUGCCCCAGCUUUGGCCCUAAUUUUAACCAAUGGGAGGAUUAGAUCAGAUCUGAGCCUGAAUUGGUGAGUAGAGGUCCUCUGUGCGUAGAGUGCAGUCUUGUCUAGAAAAACGUUUCAUGUAAAUAGUAACUUUUUGUGUAUUUGUACGUAUGUUACCUGUAUGUUGUCGUUUGUUUUGGUACAGCCACAGGAUGUGUUACAAAGCACCAAUUCUUUGCAGGAAAUAACUUACUUGAACUAUUGCACAGAGAGAGUAGUUUCUUUUUAUUUCUUAUUAUCAUGGCAUUGACAGUAGUGGUGGCCAGUGAGGGGUUUGCUGCCAAGGUUCUGAAUUCACUUAUGUGGCCAUUGUCAUUUAAGUGGAGUCAACUUAUACAUUUGUACUGUAAAGACAACACCGCAUAUUCAUCCUUUAAAGCUUCCAUCUUUAUAAGACUUUGACUCACCUUUACGUAUUUGCACUGAAGGCUCUUUACGUAACUAUGUAACUGUUUUAGUCUUACCCAGAGGCACUGGUGGUUUUGCUAGUUCUCGAUUUGUUCCCGCAGAACUAAGCCUAUGUGUUGCUGCUAUUUUGUUUUAAAAUCCAUCAUUUUUUUAACCAUUGUUUGGUUUGUGUAAUAUUUCACAUGGUAAUAUUAUGCAGUGCACUGUGAUUCUUUUUUGUUUAGGAUGUUUUUAACAAGUUGUGGGUGAUUCUGCCCAGAGAUGAGGUUGAAGGGGGAGUGUGCUGUACAGUAUCUGCAUGUAUUUGAACAACUGUAAAUGUUACAGUAGCUCUGUAGCAGAGAUGUUUAUUAAGUGUAAAUCUACUUUCUCUGAAACAGUUAAACUAAAUGUGCAAAACAGUGGACCCUGUGCGGCAUGAUAUCAUGAUAUGUCACUGUGGAGCAAGCUGAACCAGACUAAAAUAAGUAGCAAUACACCUUUUCCUUAGAUCCAACAUUAGCUGGCUCAAGUUAAUAGGUUGCUGAUUGUAUACUUUACCUUUGUCCCAUUGAACUAAAAGAGUCAAACCAGAACAUUCCAACAGAGGAAGAAAAACUGGCUGUAGUUUUACAGAAGUGACCUUCCUCUUAACUGGUUCAUUGUGUAUCUACAGGGGAGUGUGUGCGCAGUUUCUCUGUACACAGGACCACAGGAAAUAUGUCUCAAUAUUCACCCACAAUUGGUAGCUGUACUUUGAAGUGGGGAAAAAGUUCAGUUAUUUUUAUGCAGAGCCCAGCGCUCACUUUACAGGCUAUCUGCAGAACACCAGCGUUAACAUGAGCUCAUGAAUAACUGGACUAUUUCCUAUUUAAGCGGUGUUCAGUGAACAUAAGGAAGUGUUUUUACUUCCUAAAUGUCCAGUGCCAUUUCACUCACAGGUGUGUCAUUUGAUAUCAAAUCGUAUUUCAGCUGAUUUUCCAUACAAAAAGAGUUUGAAAGUGAAGGAUUACCUGAACAUGUAAGUACAAACUACUUUAAAGACGAUAUCGAUGUGAGAGUCUUGUGCCUUUGACUAGGUCGGCCUUGUUUGAUGUUGAAUGUGUGAAAUGCAUCACUGGUUAACUUGCCAUGAUAAUAUAUUAUAUGAAGUUGUCUGAUGUUGAAUAGACCGUGUGCACUUACUUUUUUAGUACAGUACCACUACUGAGUAACGCUUGUGAAGAGCAGUAUUUGACAUGCGUCUCAUAAGAAAAGCGAGACAUCCUUCUUUUAUGUCUUGAACCACUUUGAUUAACAGUCCCCUCCUUCUCAUCAACUUAAGUGUAUGGACUCUGGAAAUGUAAAUGUAUGUAUGACAUAAAGGAUAAAAUAUUAAGUUGAUAAAAAUAAAUAAAUAUAGUGUAAAGGGA